GUAAAUUCUUUAUAUUGUAGCGUCACAGAAAUUCAACUUAUAAUAAUUUCCAUCCUCUCUCCAACUUCGAGUCUCUCAAGCUUCCAGACAUUACUUCAAUCGAUCCUGGACCACAAAAGCUGAUAUCGUUCCGCACAAAACUCCUUCCAAGUUACUGCAACACAUCCACAUAAAUUAUUCUAACUAACCGGUGUCAACUCCCUCAGGUUUGUGUCAUGGUCCACCCUCCACUAUCGCUCACCGUAAGCUAACAUUCAUGCCACGAAGAAAGACACAAUGGGAGAGGAACGAGUUACCAGCGACGAUCUGGUCGAGAAGCUAUUCCGUGCCUUGCCUCAUUCUGACUUCAUGGACAAGAACAACAAAUACCUCCAAACCGACGGACGCUACGACGGAAUCUUUAUGUUCUGGGAUUUUCCUGAGUACUCGGGCCAACGCAGCAGAAACUUUGUACUUUUGAAGAACAUAGUGCUUCGUGUCAUGGAACGGGAAGGUCCAUCUGGCAUUCGCGCUGCCUUCAUGAACGGCGUUCUGAGUCUCAUCUCCCAAGAGCCAACGUUCGACGUACGAGAUGGUUCGGCUAGAUCGCGAUAUCUGCAGUACUGCAAGUGGGUAAUGCAAGGAAGAAAGACAAAAAACCUUCCUCGCGCCCUACUGCCUGAAGACGGCGAUGGCAGCAAUAGAGACAGCGACAGUGGUAGUCAUAAUGACGACGACCAGGAGCGAGAUCUUCGAUACAUCUUUGUCAACGCCAACACUGGUUCCAUUUGCGCUCACUGCAACCGAGAAGGAGCCCAAUUCCGAUGCACGAGCUGCAUACAAAAGAACGACGACCACAUUACACUCGAGACCAGUUACUGCGAUAGUGACUGCCAGCGAGCUGACUGGAAGCAACAUAAGCGGAUAUGCUUCUACCGCAAGAGCUUCGCGCGGACUGUCCGUAUCAUGAAAGCCUUCCUCGAUACCAUAGUGGAAGUAGCGUCAACUUUCACUAUUACGAAGAGCUAUGAGAAGGACGGUGCCAUCUACCUCGCAUGGAGAUCCCAAAUACUCGAUGCUAUGCGUGGAGCUUCUCAAGUUCAUCCUUUUCCUCACGGCAGUUUCGCGGAUGCGCGACACGCUAUGGCGGCCUUCGGCAACGAGCUCUCGACUUCUACCCUGUUUCAGCUGUUGCUCAAGAGCAGCGUGACGAACUGGCUAUGGAGUGGUAUGCUACCCCCCUCCUUUGACUCCGAGACACCGCUAACACUCAGUAGAAUUAUGUACGAACAUCGACCUACUCGAGGUUGAUGUCAAGAAUGCCCCAAGUCCAGUGGUUCUUAUCG